AGAAAGAAAGCUGCAGGUUGCUUUCGUUACUGUUUACUCCCAUUACCCGCAUCCACACAUAUCUGAACAUCAUACAGGCUCUGUUACGCAGCUCUGGCGCCGGCCAUGCAGACUGGUGUUCACUACAGGAGAGCGAGCGGGUGCUGUGGCAUCUCUGCACAAGCUGUCACAUGACCUUGGAGAAGGCGGGGCCAAGCACUGAGGAGGCGGGGUCAAGCUCAGAGGGGGCGGGGCCCGAGCAAGGUUUGAGAAGCAGGUGUUGUGUCGAGAGCCCCGACUGCGGCCCUUCCGCCUUCACAAAGUACUGUGCCAACACUAAUGCGGAUACGGCCAGUGUCUCAGCGGGUGCAGGCAUGGACAGCACUGGACACCAGAGGAAAUGCUGUCGUGUUGGCAUCUCACAGACAUUAUCUCGGCCUAGUGGCAUUUUGAGAAAUGGCCGUGAGCAGCAUGUGUGUGAGCUUCCCCCUGCUGGCUGGAGUUCAGAGUACAUCUGGAAUGGCAGUGCAGGCCAGAGUCACUUGGGCCCCAUCUGCGUCCCCUUCGCCCGUCAUCCCAGAGAGACCGCACACUUCCUGAAUCCUGGCCUUCCUGCUGGCAUUGGGGGAAACCUUUCCACUGCGGCCAAAAACCAGAGCUCCUCUGCCGGUCUGGCCGUUCGUGUGUGUGGCUCUCCGGGGCUUGAUGGACGCGUUUACACCUCUGACCUGUAUCCUCCACCCCACCGGCUCGAGGACGGAGACACAGACUGUGACGUGGCCGAUGCGUCAGUGUUUGACUUCUCCUCUGUGACGACCUGCAGUCCUGAUGAAACUCUCAGUCGGCUCAGGGGAGCAGUAGUACAUGAGGACGAGGAGGAUGAUGAAGAGGACAGCCAGGUCCCGGUUCUCCUCAAACCAUCUUACACUCACAACACUUCAGGCGUGCAAGCCAGUGGAGGAUUAUGGAUGCCAUGGCAGAUUCCCAGACGAGCUCCCAUUCCUGCGGAGGUUCGCAUUGGGGUGCAGGGGAAGACACGUGGACCAAAACCACACCGCAUCCCCGCCACUGCCUUCCGGCCAAUUUGGGACCCAAAUUACUCACAGAGUGAUGCAACUCCUGCGAAAGAGAGCUCAGUGUCCUUCAGCUCAACCAAUCAGAUCAUUAAUCAGCCGCAAGAGAAUGACCAAUCACGAUCUGCUUAUAGAGGUACUGGAGUCCAGCGGGCUGAAGCAAUAUGGCACGACAGCGAGGACAGUGAAGGACCCUGCAGUACAGUCUGACACACUCCUAAACAGAAGACAAUCAACAUUCAUGAGUAUGCACUGGUGCAAGCUUCUCUACUUUAGCCAAUAAAACAACUGCAGAUUGAGAUUAUGAAACAUUUCUUCACUUACCGCACCAGCACACCUAAACGCCACAAAAGUCCUCAAGCAGGAUUUGAUUGGUCUGAGAAAUGCUGAUGUAACAGGAUGCACGUAAAGCCAGAAAAAUAAAAACGUUCAGUAGAAAAUAA